AAAGAAGCUGAACACAUGAGACGAAUUCCUAGAAGUGGAUUAGGCACAAAAAUAAUCAAAGCUAUUGAAAGACUUGAACAUGUUAUCAAAAUUGAAAAAGGAGAAGAAAACCAACCGGUUAUUUUGCCAUCUUUAGUUACAGCAGCAGGAAACACUCCUCCUAUUAACACUAAAGAAAUAAUAGCCAAGACUUCAACCUUGCAC